AUGACUAAUGAAAUACAUGAAUUUACACCUACUGAAAGAAUUAAACAACCAUCUUACUCUUUGAUGGCAACAUGGGUAAGAAAUGCAUGGGAUGGUGUUGAUAUUAAUUUAAUUAAAAGCUUAUUUAGCUGUUGUGGAAUUUCUAGUGGUCAAGAUUUUAAUAUAGAUCAGCAAUAUGAAAUGGAAAAUGAAGAUUAUGUUGAAUUGGAAAAUAAUAUUGAGUUAAUAGAUCUUACUAACGAAGAAACUGUUUGGGUUGAAAUGGAAGAUAUUGAUAAUAUCUAUAGCGAAGAACCUAUGGUUGAAAAUGAUUAG